AUGUCCUUCCUGGGAUUAGAAGGAUACCAUGUCUUCAUUACCGGGGCCGCAGGUGGCAUAGGAUUCGAAGCAACACAAGAGUUUCUUACACACGGCUGCAAGGUGACAGCCCACGACCUCCGACCGAUUGCCCCUCCAUCGCCAGCGAACCCCAAUUUCUUCGCUGUGCAAGGUGACACCUCGUGCGAAACGUCGAUCCAGAAAUGCAUCGCUCAGGCAGUCUCACAUUUCGGACCAAUCAACAUCCUCGUGGCCAAUGACGGAAUCACCGAUGAAUCCGCCCGCCGCAACAUUUGGGAAAUUCCCCUAGACGUGUGGGAAAAGACCUACCGGGUCAACAUCCAAGGAACGUACCUCACCAUCAAGCAUUUUCUCCUCGCAGUCUCUGCGGCACAAACUGCAGCCAAUGGAACCGAACUGGAGAACGUGGCCAUUGUGGUGACGGGCUCUGAGACUGGUAAGUUCGGCCAGGCUGGACAUUCCGAAUACGCAUCGGGCAAGGCUGGCAUUCAGUACGGGCUCGUCCGCAGUGUGAAGAACGAGAUUGUCCGACUUAACUGUAAGGCUCGAAUCAACGCGGUCGCCCCGGGCUGGAUUGGCACGCCGCUGAUCGAAGGCCGACUGGAUGAUCCCACGGAGAGAUGGAGAGAGGCCGAGGCAACAGUACCCCUGCGUAAAAUCGCAAAACCACGCGAUAUUGCCCGCGCCAUGGCCUUCCUGACAAGCCACCGAGCGGCCGGUCAUAUUACUGGACAAGUCCUCUCGGUCGAUGGCGGCAUGGAAGGCCGUAUGGUAUGGAACGAGGAGGAAGCCAAUAACGGUAGCGCUCCGUCCACGAUUCAAAAUGCUUACCCUUCUCAGUCUGCUGUUUUGGUCAACGAGAUCCCCCCAGCGGUUUCUAUCGCCCCGAAAUGUCGCGUCCAGGUCCUUCUAUCCGUUGACUUUGAUGCAGUGUCGGGCUUUCUCGGCACUGGAGCAUCGCCUAGCAAUGGUCUUUCCGACUAUAGCAGCGGUUACUUUGCCGCCCAAGUUGGCGUCCCUCGUCUGCUGCGGCUCUUUCAGAAGCAUGGCAUUGCCUCGUCGGUGACAUGGUUCAUUCCGGGCCACUCCAUGGAGUCGUUCCCUAAGGAGACCAAGCAAAUCGUCGACUCAGGUGCCGAGAUUGGCUGUCAUGGAUACGCCCACGAGGGCAGCUCGCAGAUGACCGAGGCGCAGGAGCGGGAGGUCAUUGAAAAGUGUGUUCUCCUGGCGACAGAGUUGACCGGCCAGAGACCGCGCGGAUGGAGGGCACCGCUGUAUCAAUUGAGGGAACACACCGUUCAAGUUCUCGAGAACUUGGGAUUCUUAUAUGAUUCUUCUCUCAACCAUCACGACUCCAGUGCCUACUUCCUCUGCAAAGCGCCAGCAAUCACCCCAAUCGACUUCGCGGCCAAUGUCUCUGCAUCGUCCUGGAUGCGUCCCUUGCCAGCUCCGGAGCCGGCAACGUCCAAGACACUCGUCGAGCUUCCGUGUAACUGGUACAUGGAAGAUAUGACGCCUAUGCAAUUCUUGCCCGCUGCACCAAACUCUCAUGGCUUUGUCAGUCCCGCCCAGAUCGAGGAUAACUGGAAAGCCAGGUUCGAGUUUCUGCACAAUGAAGCGAUAGAGACCGGCGAUGGCUUCUUAUUUCCCAUCGUCCUCCACCCAGACACUAGUGGCAUGGCCCAUGUUAUUGGUAUGAUUGAUCGGACGAUUCAGUGGCUGAAAGCACAGGGUGGCCAUGUUGAAUUCACGACUUAUGGGCAGUGCGCUGAAGAGUGGAAGAGCCGACAGAAUGUCUGA